GAGCUUCAUCGCGGAGAUGAAUCUGUUCGUGAGGCAGCUCGGCAGAAAAAUCACGGCUCGAGAGCACGGCUCCAACAAGAAGCUGGCGGCUCAGUCGUGUGCGUUGUCUCUCGUUCGGCAGCUGUACCACCUUGGGGUGCUGGAGGCGUACUCCGGGGUCACCAAGAAGAAGGAAGGGGAAACGCUGGAGCCGUUUGAUGUCAGUGUUUCUGAAGAUCUGCAGCAGCAGCUGGCGGCCGUCGUCCAGGAGCUCGGCGUCCUCAUCCCCCCCCCUCCGGCAGACCCCUCCUGCCCCGUGUCUCUGAUCCAGGGGAAGAUGGCGUCCUUCGAGCCGUCUCAGCGUCAGACUACAGCGGGGGUCGUGCCCUGGUCGCCCCCCCAGGUCAACUGGAACCCCUGGACCAGCAGCAACAUCGACGACGGCCCGCUGGCCUAUUGCACUCCGGAGCAGAUCAGCGGUGAGCUGCAUGACGAGCUGAAGUACCAACUGGACCACGACGAAAACCUGCAGAAGAUCCUGGCGGAGCGCGACACGCUGCCCGUCAAAAAGUUUGAGGAGGAUAUCAUGGCGGCGGUGGAGAGCAAUGCGGUGGUGAUCAUCAGAGGAGCCACCGGCUGCGGGAAAACCACGCAGGUGCCUCAGUACAUCCUGGACCGCUUCAUCAAGGCGGGGAAAGCCUCCGACUGCAACAUCGUGGUCACGCAGCCCCGGAGGAUCAGCGCCGUGUCGGUGGCCGAGCGAGUUUCCUACGAGAGGGCGGAGGAUGUUGGGAGGAGUUGUGGAUACAGCGUCCGGUUCGAGUCCGUCCUUCCCCGCCCGCACGCCAGCAUCCUCUUCUGCACCGUCGGAGUGUUGCUGAGGAAGCUUGAAGCAGGAAUCAGAGGAAUCAGCCACGUUAUCGUUGAUGAGAUCCACGAGAGAGACAUCAACACGGACUUCCUGAUGGUGGUGCUCAGAGACGUGAUCCAGGCGUACCCCGAGGUGCGAGUCCUCCUCAUGUCGGCCACCAUCGACACCUCCAUGUUCAGAGAGUACUUCUUCAACGCGCCCGUCAUCGAGGUGUUCGGACGCACCUUCCCCGUGGAAGAGUAUUUCCUGGAAGACUGCAUCCAGAUGACCAACUUCAUCCCUCCUCCGAUGGACCGCAAGAAGAAGGACAAAGACGAGGAGGGAGGAGAGGAAGACACGAACUGCAACGUGCUCUGCGGUCCGGAGUACUCUGCGGAGACGAAGCGCUCCAUGGCUCUGAUCAGCGAGAAGGAGACGUCCUUCGAGCUGGUGGAGGCGCUGCUGCGCUACAUCGAGACGCUGCAGGUGGCGGGGGCGGUGCUCGUCUUCCUGCCCGGCUGGAACCUCAUCUUCGCCAUGCAGAGGCACCUGGAGACCAACCCCCACUUCGGAAGUAACCGGUACCGGAUCAUGCCCCUCCACUCUCAGAUCCCCCGUGAGGAGCAGAGGAAGGUGUUCGAGCCGGUGCCCGACAACAUCAGGAAGGUGAUUCUGUCCACCAACAUCGCAGAGACGAGCAUCACCAUCAACGACGUGGUCUACGUCAUCGACUCCUGCAAGCAGAAGGUGAAGCUGUUCACGUCCCACAACAACAUGACGAACUACGCCACAGUGUGGGCGUCCAAGACCAACCUGGAGCAGAGGAAGGGCCGGGCGGGCCGGGUCCGGGCCGGGUUCUGCUUCCACCUCUGCAGCCACGCCCGCUUCGAGAGGCUGGACACUCACAUGACUCCAGAGAUCUUCCGGACUCCUCUCCAUGAGGUCGCUCUGAGCAUCAAACUGCUGCGGCUCGGAGCCAUCGGUCACUUCCUGUCCAAGGCCAUUGAGCCGCCGCCGCUGGACGCCGUCAUCGAGGCCGAACACACUCUCAGAGAGCUGGACGCCCUGGACUCGAACGACGAGCUGACGCCUCUCGGACGCAUCCUGGCUCGACUGCCCAUCGAGCCGCGGCUCGGGAAGAUGAUGAUCAUGGGCUGCAUCUUCCAUGUUGGCGAUGCGAUGUGCACCAUCUCCACCGCCACCUGCUUCCCGGAGCCCUUCAUCAGCGAGGGGAAACGCCUCGGCUUCGUCCACAGGAACUUCGCAGGAAGCCGAUUCUCCGACCACGUCGCUCUGCUGUCCGUCUUCCAGGCCUGGGACGACAUCAGGAUUAACGGUGAAGAAGCAGAAAUUCGUUUCUGUGAACACAAGCGUCUCAACAUGUCGACACUGCGGAUGACCUGGGAGGCCAAAGUCCAGCUGAAGGAGAUCCUGGUCAACGCCGGAUUCCCCGAAGAGUGUUUGAUGACGCAGAUGUUCAACACCGUGGGUCCCGACAACAACCUGGACGUAGUUGUCUCUCUGCUGAGUUUCGGCUCGUAUCCCAACGUCUGCUUCCACAAAGAGAAGAGGAAGAUCCUGACGACCGAGGGCCGAAACGCUCUGAUUCACAAAUCCUCCGUCAACUGCCCCUUCACCAGCCACGACAUGAGCUACCCCUCCCCCUUCUUCGUCUUCAGCGAGAAGAUCCGGACCCGGGCGAUCUCGGCGAAAGGGAUGACUCUGGUCAGCCCUCUGCAGCUGCUGCUGUUCGCCUGCAAGAAGAUCAGCUCCGACGGAGAGGUGGUGACGCUGGACGACUGGAUCAAGCUGCGGAUCCCCCACCAGGUGGCCGGGGGGGUCGCUGCCCUGCGCGCCGCUCUGGAGGCUCUGGUGGUGGAGGUCACUAAAGACCCAGAGUACAUCCGACACCUGGAGCAGAACCACCAGCAGCUUCUGAACGUCAUCAGAACCACGUCCAAGACCUCUGCUGCUGGACUCACCAUGAUGACCAGCAACACCAACAACAGCAGGAUGGGAGACGGACCGCGACCUCCGAAGAUGGCCCGCUUCGACGGCGGAGGAGGAGGGGGAUAUGGAGGAGGAAGAGGAGGAGGGUAUGGAGGGGGAUAUGGGGGUGGAGGAGGAAGAGGAGGAGGGUACGGAGGGGGAGGAGGGUAUGGAGGAGGAAGAGGAGGAGGGGGGUACGGAGGGGGAGGAGGGUAUGGAGGAGGAAGAGGAGGAGGGGGAGGAGGGUAUGGAGGAGGAGGUGGAUAUGGAGGAGGAGGAGGGGGAGGAUACCGAGGGGGAGGAUACCGAGGUGGAGGAGGAGGAGGUGGUGGUGGUGGAGGAGGAGGGGGGGGAGGGGGAGGUUAUUAA